AUGCCUGCAAGUUUAGCAAUCUUGCGGACCUGCGUUCAAAUCUCCCACGUGGCCCAGGUCAUCGUUCGCUUGGACGACGCUGAUUGUGAUCGCUAUAACUACGACCAACGCUACAAGUACGCCGACGAAACACCAAGCGGCCAAACACUACACACUACAACAGCAUCCACCACAACAACGACCACCGCACAACCCACAACUAACUACGACCAACUCACACCACGCACAACAUACGACCACAACAACCCACAACCAUACAACACCACAACUACGACCACCACACCACAACUACGACCACCAACACCACAACUACGACCGUCAACAAUACGGCCAACACCACAACUACGGACCGACCAACACCACAACUACGCCACCACCAACAACUACGACCCCAAACACCUACGACUCGUCAACAAUACGGCCAACACCACAACUACGACCACCAACACCACAACUUACGAAGGCCACCAACAUCACCAAGCUAACGAGCCAUCAACAAGAUACAAGGCCAACGCCACAAAACUACGACCAUCCAUCAAUACGGCCAACACCGACACUACGACCGACCAACAUCGACAAUACGACCACCAACAACUUGAGCCUGUAUCACACAACAACGGGGCACCACCAACACCACCACAACUACGUGACCAAUUCACCCAAACACCAACAAAACUAACGACACCAAACACCACAACUACGACCACCAACUCCACAACUACGAGGGACCACCACAGAACUACGACCAGCACACGACACGACUUCCAAAAGCUAAAAGCAAUACGACCACCAAUCAUACAGCCAACAAAACUGACCAUACAUCAAACUACGGUAACGCAAUCAACGGAAACUACGAGACACGCAACACCACAACGUACGGAACGGCGCACCGAAACAUAUUAUGACCAACGGGAUGUGUGCCAAACAACAGUACGAAACGCAACAAACUACGACCACCGGCAACCCCACGGCCAAACAACACUACGACUACCACCAAUACACGUAAAUUCAGCAUCAACAAACUUACGGCAACACAAACAAGUAAGCGAACUAGAACCCACAUCAAAGAGAACUAACCGGGAACCCAUCCGAACACAAACUACGGGCUAA